AUGGAAGAAAUACGUGAGGCUGCUUUAGCUUACUACCAUAAUUUGCCAGAGGAUCUACAGAAGGUGGCAUCUGCAAAAUUCAAAGAAAUUGAUUCAAAUGGUAAUGGAACUAUAAGCAUGAGGGAAUUCAAGAACAGUAUGGGAAGCUCUUUCGACAACGACUCCGUGAUCAUGAAGAAAAGCUUCAAGGAACUGGAUAAGAACGGAGACGGAAAGCUGGAUUUCAACGAAUACAUCACUCUCUACUAUCUUGUGGAGAGCGGUAGGGUGCUGAUAUUUUGUGCAGGUCAUGGAUGUGAAGCCGCACCUUUUCUCAAGGGACUCUAUUUCACUUGUGUCGACUGCUUCCACCAUAACGAAAAUGAAACUUUCGAUCUCUGCACCUCUUGCUACCGCAAUGGAGACUUUGAUCAUGAACAUGCCAACUUUGUGGAUAAUCAUGUUCUACUUCUUUCAAAGGCUGCUUGCUGUGAUGAAUCCACAUUUGAUGAUGAGUCAUGUUCUUCAGGGUCUGAUUCUGAGUUCAAUCAAGUUAGUCUAUCUGGAUCAAAGAGAGUUCAAGUCAAACGAUCUGGAACAAAGCGGAAAGUAGUAUUUGGAGCAAUCAAAUCUGGAGCGAGCGUUGCACGUGCGGUAGGAAGUGUUGCUUCUGAUGCUGCCUCGUGCAGGAUCAUGUGAUCGAGAUCGAUGUAUCUGUAACAGCUUCAUCGUAUUUUCAAAUACGUUCUCGCGGUACUGCUUUCAAUAAGUAGUGACUAAUGAGAGAAUAAAGAUUGUUGUUGAUCCAUUGUGGUAGCAGUGUGAUUUAUUUUUUGGGUGUUUUUAUUUUUAUCUUUGCUAGGGUUGUAAUACAUAAAUAACAAGCACCCAUGUACGUUUUUGUAAUUGUUCCCUACAAAGCUUCUGUCUCCGUGCUUCCAAAAUAUGGUGUCAUUUGUGUCUUGAUCAAUUGACAGACAAAUGGCUAGGAACUACCAUAUUUCGCUGGCUAUCUGUUAAUAUAUCUUCUUCUUUAACUAAAUUGGACACCUAAGUUCAGAUUCAAUCUUUUUGACAUG